AUGUGGUGGCAGUGCUUCAUUCUGCUCGGUUUGACAGGAAUUUGUCUUGGAACAGGUAAUGUUUUGAUGUAAUUCUUUAUUUAUUUCUGUCUUUUCAGAGAGAAAUACUGUUGUUUUGCUUGGAUCUGACACCCAGAACCAGUUUAAGCGAGUACUUUUGAAUCUUUUAGUUUCCGAAAUCGACGAUUCUCUUGAUUGUAAGUUGUUUGGCUCGGUUCUUUCCCAAUACAAUCUUAGUGUCAUAUGUCGUUGUCUCCGUGAAGUCUCCAAAAUUGAUGGAUUUGGACGUACUUUGACACUAAAAAAUCCAGUUUUCCUUGUAAUUUGAUGCCGAUGUUGCAUUUGCUUGACUAAAAACAAAAAAACAAGUCAUUCUUUUUUGUAUAUUUUUGUGCUUUUGGAAUUUUAAUUUUGAUUUAAUUUAAGACAAUGGCUACAGUUUUGUUGUGUAUCAAAACGAAAGGAAUUCUGAUCACCUGCGGUCAUUGGAGUCGCCUUUUAUCCGAAGAAUUCCCAUUGAUUGCGGUCAACUUACAGUAAUUCUGGCCACAAAGGGCACUGAUCAAAUGAGCUUAGAGGAGAUUCGAUUGUUUACUGAGAUUAUCUACCAAAUAAAUGGCGGCAUUGCGCUGAUUAAUGCCGGUAAGGGUUGCCGAGUUUUUAAUUAUGAAUUCUUUUUAAAUCCUUGACUUUGUCUUCCCUUUAGGCUCUCAGAACGUUCUUACCCAAACUGUGAUCGAGCAGAGUGUUUUCUGCUGGGGAACCGCCAGAAUUCGAGCAGAUUUGGCAGUUGGAGAGCAUCAAGUGCAACUAUGCAAUGGAAUCAAGGCCUCAGAGCUUUCCAUUCUGGAUAGCCGAAUGACUCCCUUGCAUGAGCACGUUGAUGAAAUCGCCCUUCCUUCGAUGAUCCAACAUCGCUUCUGGCCAAGCAUGUUUGCUUCCGCCGAACCAGCUAAUCAGAAGGCCAAAUCCAAACAUACAGAUCAGCCAAACGCUCGGAAGGAAAGGAUUUAUGGAAAAGACAAGAAAAAGGCAUCGUCUGACGGCCAACAGCACGUAGAAUAUAAGAAGGAAGAGAAGAAGAUUGAGAGGAAAAUAAAGAAAGAAAAGCCGAAGAAACAGGAAAUCAAAGAAGAAAAAGUCGAAAAAGUGGAAAACAAAUUGGAUUGUAAGUACAGAAAGAGUUGCUACGAAGGAAAGGAACCGCCCACUGCUGAAGAAAUAAAAAAACAACAUACGAAGAAGGUUACUAAUACAGUCAGCACCCAUGUUACGGUAAAUCAGCAGGCUUCAGAAGUCGACAAGAAGUUGGAAUGUAAAUACCGGACCUCUUGUUAUAAAAAUAAUGGGAUCCAGCUGUCCGAGGCCAACGAGAAAAAGGCUCAUCAGCAUAUUUUGACAUCAAAACACGGGGAGGUAGUGCACGCUCAGACGAAAGAAACAUUAAAAGCCGCAGCUGAGAAGGCGAUUAAAGAUGUGAAGAGACAAGAGAAAUACGCAAAGGAACAUCCAGCUGAACCCAAUUACGAGACAGUCUUAAGAGAAAGCCAUCGGAAGUUGAAGAGUAAAGAAGAAUGCAAGUAUCGAAAGUCAUGUUAUGAUACAGGGAUUCUGACAGAAGAUACGAUCAGAGGCAUUCAAUCGUCUCAGGCAGCUAUCCCUCAAUCACACACUCAUAUUGACGUCAAGGACCUAAAAGAAGACGAAGUAAAAUUGAAAUGUAAAUAUCGGAAGAGCUGUUACGAAACGGGAAACAUUGAUAUUGAUGACAAAAGACCUAAUCCCCCUCCAGUUUAUAUCCCGCCGGAAGAGAAACGUCACGUCAAUAUUGAGGAAUUGAAGGAAGAUGAUAAGAAAUUGAAGUGUAAAUACAGAAAGUCAUGCUACGAAACUGGGGAUUUGGAUCCUGAGGUUAUCAAGGCCGAGCAAAAGAAGUAUGUGGAGCCCCGUCGAAGCGAAGAGUUCCACAAACUAGAUGUCAUGGACAAAAAACUCAAGUGUAAAUAUAGAACAUCUUGUUACGAAAGCGGAGUGUUGCCGGAUUUGGAUGCGAAUUACGUGGAAGUGACGAUCGAAAAGCCCGCGGCCGAACAAAACGGUCAUUACAGUAAAGAACUUCGCUGCAAAUACAGGAAAUCUUGUUAUGACACGGGCCAUCUCAACGUCGAGAACGAACAGGAAACCCAAAUUCUCAACCAUGGUGAGCCCGUCCCAACUUCUAAGGCCGAGCUAAAAUUACGUUGUAAGUACCGGCCGAGUUGUUAUCAAAAAUUGGCACAGGAAGCGGGGGAGUAUGCGAAUUUGAUUGAAGGAAAUGAAGAUGACGAAAGUGAUGAAGAGGAAGAAGAAGAAGAUAGACAGGAUGUGGAGGCGAUUGUGGAGGAACCAGAGGACGAAGAUGAAGAAGCAGAGGAAACGGAUAAUGAUGAAGGGCCAUUAAUAGUCGAAAUUGAACAGAAUGAAAAGGAAGAAGAAACGCCCGAGGAAUCUGAUGAUACUCAAGCUGAAGAGGAAGUGAAGGAACCGGAAAACUCAGACGUUACUUUAGCAUCUUCAACCAAGAAAUCAAAGAAGUACAAGGUAGAGCCAAAAAUCGAGGGCGAACAAGUUCCAGAAAGACCAGAACACAUGAAAUUAAAAGAAAAGAAAGCUCCGGCUGAAGAAAAAGUGGAGGAAGAAAGACCAGCCAAGAAAGACGUGGAGAGGAUGAAGAAGAAUCCAGAUAAAAGGUUUGUCAGCAAAUUCAAAAAAGUGGGAAAUUAUGAGAAGCUCCCAAAAAAUGAAGAUGAGGAAGAAGAACACGUUGACGAAGAACUGAAUGAUGUGCCUCAAGAAGAUGAGGAAGAGGAAGAAGAAAACAAAGAAGAACUUAAUGAAGUGCUUCAAGAAGAUGAGGAAGAGGAAGAAGAAGUGGAGCCAACACCAGCAUUUGUUGCCAUUACACAAGACGAGGACAAAGAUUCAGAAGGUGGAGAAGAAGGGCAACAAAAUUACAAUGAUGACGAGUUUGCUCGACCUGCCGACCCGCUGCAGUGUAAAUACCGGAAAUCAUGUUAUCGUACUGGAGUUCUUGACUUGAGCCAUGUUCCCGUCUAUAUUAAUCCUUCAGAGACUUCUAAAUCCUCUAAAAAAUGGGAGGAAUUAAAAGAAUCGGAUAGAAAAUUGGCCUGCAAGUACCGUAAACACUGUUAUGACGCGGGAGUUCUGUCGGAAGAGCAUCUGGAGCAGCCUACUGUAUCCCAUAAAUAUGAUGACGGGGAGGAGAAAAGCGAAGCUGACCGUAAAUUGGAGUGUAAGUACAGAAAAUCAUGUUACGACGAGAAGAACGAGAAAUCUCAUAAAUCAGAUGAAAGAAAGGGCAAAGGCCAUAAAACGCCUAUGCUAGUGGUAGAUAACGUUCAAGAGAAACCAGACCAUGAUGACGACAAUGACAAGGACGACGACACGGACGACGAGAAACCCGAAAAUAAAACUGUCGACCCGAAUUCAAUCCCCAGAGAGGCUAGAUUGAUAUGCAAAUAUCGACAUUCGUGUUACAGUAAUGUUGAGGAGGUAGUGACAACCAAUCCAAAGAUGGCUAUGAAAAUGCGUGGGGAGAAGUGCAACACGUAUUGGAAGUCAUGCAGAGACAAAUUGGGCCUUCCUGUUAUUGAGAGGGCGCCCGUCGAUAAACAAGGACGGAAACUCUGCCGGAAGACAAAGAAGGAGUAA